AUGGGACUCAGCGGCAAAACCCUCCAGACGGCUCAGCUUUUGCUCGUUGUCCUACCGGCCUUUGUGCUGUUCGGGUACAAUCAGUCUGGCGUAGGUGGUCUCCUCUCACUUCGGGACUGGAACGACCACUUCCCCGAAAUUAACACCAUCGACACGCAUGGCGCUGAGAAGAGCAGCAACUCUACCAAGCAGGGUGCAGUCGUUGCCAGCUUCACCAUCGGUGCCCUCUUUGGCGCUCUAUCCUGUUCCUGGAUCGGAGACUACCUCGGGCGACGGAAGCUCAUCUUCUUUGCUGCAGGUCUGACGCUUAUUGGCGAGAUACUGCAAUGCACCAGCUUCCAGCUUGCCCAAUUUGUUGUCGGCCGCUUCAUCCUCGGCUGGGGCGUCGGUGCUCUGAGCGCCACAGUCCCAGUCUGGCAAUCCGAGUGUUCAUCGUCGGCCAACCGUGGUAAGCACGUCGUGCUGGACGGAUGCUUCAUCUCUCUGGGCUACCUCCUCGAAGCCUGGAUCAAUUUGGGCUUCUUUGAGCAAGACAACCUGCCCUUACAAUGGCGCAUUCCCCUCGCUAUUCCGACUGUCAUUUCCGUCAUUCCCAUGUUGGCGGUUUUCAGCAUCCCUGAAUCACCUCGUUGGCUUGUAGCAAAGGGCCGUGUCGAAGACGCUCGUGUCAGUCUGUCCAGCUUCAAGGGUCUGGAUCUGCACGACCCUGAGAUCACUGCUGAGAUUACUGGCAUUGAGAUCACGCUCGAGGAAACCGGCCGCAGCGCAGCAAAGAUGAGCGAUAUCUUCACCAUGGGCAAAGACAAGCUAUUCUACCGCUUUGCACUCUGCAUUUUCCUCCAGUUUUUGCAGCAGAUGUGUGGCAGCAACCUCAUCUCCACCUACUCAACUAUCAUCUUCCAGCAGGGUCUAGGCCUCAACAGCGAAACGUCACGCAUCCUGUCCGGCGGCGCGUUGACCUGGAAAUUUCUUUCCUGCUUUGUCGCCUUCUUCACCAUUGACCGCUUCGGACGUCGCAAGCUCUUCAUGUUUAGCGGCGCCGGCAUGGCCUCUUGCAUGUUGGCAUUAGCCAUCGCAUCCAGCUUCCCUAAGACGAACCAAUCUGCCCAAAUAGCCUCUGCACUCUUCGUCUUCCUCUUCAACUUCUUUAUCCCUAUCGGCUUCCUUGGCGCAAACUUCUUGUAUUGCACGGAAGUUGCCCCAACCCGGCUGCGCGUGCCUAUGGCUGGUAUCUCGACCGCGAACCAUUGGCUUUGGAACUUUGUCGUCAAUAUGGUCACUCCUGUCGCGAUUGAGACCAUUGGAUGGAAAUACUACCUUGUUUUCCUUAUCAUCUCCGCCAUCAUUCUCCCCGUAGUCUACUUUGGCUACCCCGAGACCAUGGGUCGUAGCUUGGAGGAGCUGGAAGUCAUGUUCACAGAGGGCAAGAGCAUUCCUGCUAUUGUUAGCAUGUCGCGUAAGCCUUUUACUGGCAGCAUUGUGCCUGAUGACAAGCUUGAGAAGAUGGACAAGAACGUUAGCGAGGAGGAGUUUGUAUGA